AUGCGACUGGCUUUCUGCACCGGGCUCGCAUACGCUCGCAUGAGAUUUGCACAGGUUGCACGACAGUUGCACGGAAGUCUGAUGGAUGUCGCACGGGAGUCGCAGGGGGUCCGCUGGGAGUCGCACAUCUCGGCUCCCUUAAGACUCACGUACGGCUCCCGUGCGACCUAUCAUACUGCCGUGCGACCUAUCAUACUGCCGUGCGACUGCUGUGCAACCUCUAUGCGACCAAUGCGAACUUGCGCAUAUGAGCAUUUCUCGUCUGCCCACUCUAUGUGCCAAACUGUGACGGGAACUGAAAUACCACUGAGUCAAGCGGACGAGGACAACAUAGUGAGCAACCACAACCGAAUUCGUAACGAGGUGCAGCCCCCUGCGUCAAACAUGCAGCUCAUGGUUUGGGACGACGAACUUGCGCUAAUUGCAUUAACGUACGCCAAGCAGUGUAGAUUUAGCCACGAUUUGACUGUUAACAGGCAGGCUUUAGGUUUACCUGGCAGUACGGUGGGGCAGAACAUAUACUUUAGGAGCAAUACCUUCGACCCUGUUGCUGGCGUGGUGUCCUGGGAAGACGAAAAAGCGGACUUCACCUAUAACACCGCCAACACGUUCAGCCUGACUGGUCACUACUCUGAGAUGAUCCUACACCGAAAUGCAAAAGUUGGGUGUGGGGUGGCUGAUUGUAGUGUUCCGGGGAUUGAAAACAGACCUGGACUUAACUAUAUUAUGAUCUGCAACUAUGGAGCUAUACAAACGAACGACGAGCCAGACAAGCCGUAUUGUUCGUCCUCCAUCAGCACCUGUGAUACAUGUGGAUCCACGGACCCGACGUACACAAACCUUUGCGCGUGCGGAGGAAAAUCCUGCUUCAAUGGCGGAACACUGGAUAUUGCCACGUGCCAGUGCACGUGUGCUAACAACUUUGGUCACACAAUUUUAACCGGAUCACUGUGUGAGACACUGACUUGCGGAGCGACCUCCGAAGGCACUACAUGUAGUGUAACGGAUUGUGAGACAUUUGGUUUUACUUUUGGAGCCAAAUUCUGCCCAGCAACGUGUAAAGUCUGUCCAAACACAUGCACCCUGAAUUGUCAAAAUGGCGGCUACCUGAACUAUGUAUCUGACCAAACCGAAACUCGAUGUGCCUGUUACUGCCCAACCGGCUUCACUGGCACUGAAUGCGCUACAAGGGUAUGGUAUGAGCCGUCACACGCGAAAAACUACAACUUAGCAUAA